AUGCCACAGGAGGGUACAUGGGGAAGACUAGAUAGAGACCAACAGACUGGUCAAACCAUAUUAAGAACAGUAAAUAUAAGAGAAAAUGUUGAAGUCUGGCCAACUUCAGAGCCGUCGGUGGCAAGGCUGCUCUCAUUUUCACUUUUCUUGUUGGCUGGGAGCUGGGCAGCCCAGAACUCGGGGUGCUCCUCCCGUUCUCCGCUACUGCGACCCAAAUCCCGCGGAGCGCUCGGGACUCGCGGCCCGACCCCGCCAGCUCCCCACAUCACCGAGAAGCGGCCUCCCGCAGCUAGAGGGGCCCAAUGCCAGGCGGCCGCCAGCUGCGCGCCGCGGGUGCCGCCGGGACCCGACCCCAGGCUGCCGCGCAGGGUCAACGCUUGGAAGAUCGUGUCUGCUGCUGGGACGUCGUUUUUUAAGGGCAAGUUGACUGGAGCAUUUCCUGCUUUAAUAAUUAUGUUUAACCAAAUCCACAUUCGACUUCGAGGUCAAAUUGAACACCAGGAGCACCAUCAUCUUGGCCCACCUGGCAGAAAAGAUGAACAUUUCAGAAGCGAUGCGCUUGAAGCUCAAAGUAUUCGUGUUUUUUGCAUCAUCCUUGGGGAAUCCGAAGAUGAGAGUUUGGGGACUGUACUAAAAAAGACCUGGCCCAAACGCUGUGACAAAGCAGAGCGCUACGGCACUAGAACGGAUCGUUUGUUCCAUACAAAAACAAAUGACAAGUGGAUACAGAUGGGGGAAACUUGCAAGUACGUCUUUGAAAAGUAUGGCGACAACUACAACUGGUACUUUCUUGCAUUUCCGAACGAAAAUUUAAACUACCUUUUGCUGACAAGGGAUGCAUCACAACCUUUCUAUCAGGGCCGCACCACUGUAUCGGGAGACCUCGAAUACGUGACUGUGGAAGGAGGAAUUGCCUUAAGUAGAGAGUCCAUGAGGGGAGUUACCAGAUUAAUCAACCAUGGAAAUUGUACACAUCAAGGUCUGAUUUGGAAUUCGUCUUUCAAUAAGCGACUGGCAAUCUUCCUGAAAUUUGCACGCGUUCUUGCAGAAAAUGCAGAGGAUUCCGAAGGAAGAGAUGUGUUUAAUACAAAACCAAGCAUGCAUGCACCUAUUCAAGAGUCAAUGCUUAACAACCCUCACCAAGUAGUAAAAGGCUGCUGUUCAGAUAUGGCUAUUACUUUUAAUGGAUUGACUCCUGAAAAGAUGGAAGUAAUAAAGUAUGGUGUGUACCGCCUCAGGGCAUUUGGACAUCAUUUCAAUGAUACAUGGCUUUUCUUGCCUCCAAGUGGUUCACAAAAUGACUGAGGGCUGGCAAAUAAUAGAACUAUAUUGUCCAAGGGCACUCAAAAUGUGGCUGGUCCGAAUUAAGGUGUAAUAUAAGUAUAAUAUACACACAUCAUUCAAUGU